AGCUCAGGUUAGACAUUUUUUACAGUGCAGCCGGAGCCACCAAAUCCAGCGGAGCGCAGCGGUGCAGCAGGACUCCCGACUGCCUGCUCGAGCUGCUCACAGCCGGCCAGACAUCACAUCACAUCAGCCAGCCCAGCCUGUGGUGGGGACACGGUUUGAUUCUCACGCUGAAGCCUGUUAUGUGUGAAUGACAUUUUUCUUUACAGUGAGAGGGCGUAUCCGCUUUGAGAGAGGAGAUAGAGAGAGAAAGAGGCUGGGUCAGGACGGAGCGAGCAGUGGGAGGAGGAUUGUGUGUGUGUGUGUGUGUGUUUGUGUGUUUUCGCUGGUUUGAAACGCAGGAAGAAAACAGCGAGCACGCCGCCCACCAAACAAGGCGAAGCGCGCAUCAACAAUUUCGCAAUCACUUCUGCUGUGACCCGAUUAAAUGUGUGGAGGAGCCGGAGGAGAGCACACAGACACAGACACAGACAGGACUGCUGCUGCUGCUGCACUGGAACUAACAAAAGGCUGGAUACUGCCGUCCCAUCGUUGUUGGAAAGACGAUCAGACCAAGUUGAGCUGAGUUUGUUCCAGUCUGGGUGAUUGUCCACGUUUCCACCAAAUUGCUGUGACGUCACUGAAAUGUCGUGGACAAAGGUUGCCGAUGAAUUGGCCCAUUUGUAGCUUCAUCUGGAGUCGCGCAACCUUUCUAAAAAGUCUGUUUGACUUGGUCCCUUCAGAUAAAAAUCGCUGUUUGCUUAUAAUUAGGUCUAAUAAAGGACCACCUACCGAUCUUUAAAAAAAAUUAAAUAAAAAUGGAGACUCUUUCCCAAGAUUCAAUCCUGGAGUGCCAGAUCUGCUUUAACUACUACAGUCCCCGUCGGCGGCCAAAGCUCUUGGAUUGCAGACACACGUGCUGCUCGGUGUGUUUGACCCAGAUGCGCAGCAGCCAGAAAGAGAUCCGUUGUCCCUGGUGCCGUGGCGUCACUAAGCUGCCGCCUGGCCUGUCCGUCUCCCAGCUCCCCGAUGACCCGGACAUCAUCACUGUCAUCGCCAUCCCUCACGCGUCCGAGCACACACCCGUCUUCAUCCGACUCCCCAGUAACGGCUGCUACAUGCUGCCGCUGCCCAUCGCCAAAGAGCGGGCGCUGGGCCUCCCCGGGGAGCUGGGAUGUCGAUUCCUGCCUGGCAGCCAGCAGAAGGGGGUGACAGUGGUGACGGUCCCCGAGCAGCAGCCUCUGGGCUUGGGUAUCAGUCUGGAGAGCAUGGGGAUGGGGCUUGAGGGAGGUGAGAGCGAGCGGCGAGUUAGUCACCCGGUGGGAGCAGGAGGGAAAGGCUCCACGUGGUCCGGUGUGUGCACGGUUAUACUUGUGGCGUGCGUGCUGCUCUUCCUCCUGGGCAUCGUGCUGCAUAACAUGUCCUGCAUCUCCAAACGCUUCACCGUCAUUUCCUGCGGCUGAGGGUUAGGGAGGAGGCUAAACAGACUCCCGCGGACUCCCCUGGACCCCCCAUGAAUAGCCCUGCCUCUUCUCAGAGCUGGACUCUGCUGAGGAGAGGGGACACAUGACGGGCAUCCAAGGAAACAACAGAGCAUCAUAGUGAGAAACGGAUAAAGAAGAGGGCAGGGUGGAGAUCCUCAAAUGGUCUGCCGUUGUGCCCCCAUUUUUUUUACAUUUUGAAGGCUGAAGUAAAAAUGGAAAUAACAAUUUGAACCGUCACUUUCCCUGAAACUCCCUUCCUCUUUGUGUCCUUCCAUUUUCUUUAAAGAACACUUUGGAAGUGACUCCUGAAAAAGUUUUUUUUAGCCAGCUGAUGUGUUUUUGGCAAAGGUCCGACGUGACACUCAGUCACACUCACAGCCUUUUGGAUUGCCUGUUUCGUCUGUGAUUGGUAGAAGUACAUCUGUUAUCAUAGUGUUGUUUAGCUGAGUGUCUGUUCCGAGUGCAGCGUCUCCAGCUGGUGCAGCAGUACAAAGAGUUUGGACUUGGCUGCUCUCUGUUCUCUGAUGCUGCAGGAAUUAAGUGUGCAGGAUCCACGUCUGGCUCUGUUUGAAUCAUCUGGGAAACUUAAAAUCAGCACAGCUUUUUGUUGAUUUUUUUUUUCUCCUGCACACAACCUGUUCUUUUUCAGAAUACAUUUUUAUUAUAAUGGAUUCGUGUGAUGAAGAGAUAGUUUGAAAAAAAAAAAAAAAAAAAGGUUUAACUGUGGAUUGUAUUGUUCUUUCAUGCCAGCAGUGUAGGCUACAAGCCAAAAAUAGAUACAUUAGAGCUAAAUGACAAUUGAAACUUCAGAAUGAGACCUGAAAAAGUUAGAGAAAUGUGUCAUAAAUCCAGCAUGACAGAACUUUUUGUUUUCAACCUCGCCAAAUUUGAGCAUUUGUUUUUUUUUUUUUUCUUCUGUUGUAUAUUAUUUUAUAUUCAAAAUAUUUUUGUGUUCUUAGAACUUGCUAAAGUCACUUGGAAUGACAAUUUCUUUAUUAAAUGAUUUAUCACUAAAAGUAUAAAAAACAAACCGAGCUCGACUGCUAUCUGAAAGUUAUCACCGUUGCUAUCUUUGAAGAUGGAAAGAGUUUUUGCUGAGCCUUCUUGUACGAUGCUAACUGUCUAAAAGCUAACUUAAGGACAGGAAAUUUGCUAAAAGAUACUAUUUAGUAUUAAGAACUGGAUGACAAAUUGAAAUUGAAAAGAAAUGGUAGUCAUUUUGGAAAAUAUGUGCAGUUUUGUUGUCACACAGUUGCAAAGUUUGUUAACUGUCUUGUGUUCACCCUGCCCUGCUGACCACCAUCGUCAUCCUCUCAUAACACACCUCCAGCUUUAAUCAGGCCCUCACCAGCCCACCCAUGAACCCCCCCCUAACCUUAAUAACGUCAUUCAUUUAGAAAACCGGGUGGCUUUGGACAGUUCGACGGUGUGUGUUUUACGUGUGUGAGUAAGAGGUCAGGAGCAGGCGGGUGCUGCAGGGUUCCAGUUAAUGAAGACCAUAUCGAUUAAUCUGCUUUUUGAAUAUCUCCUACGAUCCUAAGAGAUGGAUGUUGCUCUUUCUUUUCCACUUUUUAUACGUCGAGGCAAGCAAUGUGUCUGUUUACUGUGUGGUUAAAGCAAUGGAGUGUACAGGACACACAAACAGGGUGAACUCUUUUGUACAGCAGUCUUGUCAUGUACAGAAUGAUUGUAAUUUCUUUUUCUUUUGUUUAUAACUUUUUUUUUUAUAUGUUUUGCUUUGUUGAUAUAUACAUUCUGGUUGAGAUUAAAAUAUAUAAAUAUGUUAUCCAGGACAGGACACUUCAGGGCACUCAGAGUGGACAUGACACACCAGUCACACAAAAUAAGGAAAGUCAAAUAAUAAUUAUUAGAGAAAUAUGCUGUGCCAAAAUGUUUUACAAUAUCUCUAAAUACAUUGGAUUUCUUCAAAUAAUCCUCAAUUCAUGAAAUACAUCUACGUGAUAGAUAAAUUAGCCAUUGGCAGUUCAAAAGGUGACCUUUUGUCUUUUGAUUUUGUUUAAAUUUAUGCUUUUUCAAUCUAGUUUGAUUCCUCAUUUAGCAUCAUUUUGCUGCAUUUAAACAAAAGUCUGUUUCAGUUUUUUUUUUUUUUUGACUGAAUCUUUUUCAAAAAACAAGUCUUAUUUGGCAUCCCGUAUUAGCAUCAUUUUACCACUUCCUGUACCGAAAACAGGAACAUUUUUUGACAGCUAAAUGGAAUAAAUUGAGGCUUUUUGCAGCGAAAAGCUUCCUGAAGACAAAUAUUCUGUGGUAAAAGUGUUCAGGCUACAAUAGGGCAAACAUUUGUUUUGCAAAUGCAGUGAAAGAGGAGGGUUACGUUGAGAAGACAUGGCCCACGAGGGACACGCUGCUGCUCCUUCAGUUGCUAUGAGACUGUGUAGAAAGCCCUUUCAAAGUGAGAUGCUCCUUCACUCAAAUAUAUUUAGCUCAGAAUACUCUAAGGUCUUUGGGCUCUAAAAGAAAUCAAACUUGCAAAUUUUCUCAGAACUUGAAUUUGAAAAUGUUUCUUGGGAGGUCAAACCGACAAGAACACUUUGACAUUAAGAUAAAAAUAUUUCUUUAAAAGGACAUGAAACUUCAUCUUUGUACAUUAUGAUGACAACAAUCUUAUAACAUGAAUAUACUUUACACUUGGUUUAAAAGAACUAAACUAUAAAAAUCAGAAAUCAAGAAUGUAGUGGAACUUUCUUUGUUGUCUAAAAUGUGUUUUGUGGAUGUAUCUCCCUCACCAUGAAACGCUUAAACUCAGCAGUAGACAGUGGAAUCAAACUGGUGACUCAACAAGCUUGUUUUAACCCGUUUUUUUUUUUUAACCAUAAAUAGACACCGACAGAUUUGGUUGCAGUAUUUCUGACACAAGCGUCCAAUGAGCUGUGGAUCUCCCCAAUAGGAAGCGUCACCAAUGUGUCUCCUAAGUCCUUCUUCUCCAGUCCACACCACCGACUCACCUCUCAUGUGUAUGGCAAGGAUGUAACCCAAACACUGCGAAAGCCAUGUUGUAAGAAAAGUGAACUUUCUUUUGUUUCAGGGAUUUUGUAGAAAUCAAAUAGGACAGUACGAGGAAAUCCUAGCUGAUAUAUUUAAAAUUGGAGAUGUUUUGCAGAAAAAAAAACAGCUUUAACAGUUCUAACAUGCUCUUAGUGUGAUUACCCACACAUGAUGUAAUUAAGGGUUUUUAGUCGUUUACCCACCCGUAUAGUGUCUGUUGAAUGUUGAUCUAUUGGAUUAUUGAUCUGGUGGUGAAUUCCCAUCAUUAUUUGGAGGCACAAACACUGUCAUGCCUAAAACCAAGGAUGUUCAAAGGUGUACCAGCCUUAUUGGUUUUUCUUUGCUUUUCAUAUGUUUCCCUGCAAAAUGAAAUAUUCUCCACUAAAAGGUCAAAAAGGAUUAGAUAUUCCUAACACCUGGUCUUCAGUGUAAAGGUCUGUUCCUGUUCAUCUUUUCAGCUACAUUACAUUUUCCUGUGACUCAAGAGAAUUACAUACAUCUGAAUCUCCUUCUUGUCCUUUGUAAAGAUUUUUUUCUUUUUUUUAAUUUCGAAUCAAAAACUGCCCUGUUAAACAUUUUUCACACAGCGAUGACUGUAGAAGUUUAGAGAGGAGGCUUGUCAUUUCUGUGCCUGUGUGUUUGUAAAAAAAAAAAAUACCGUGAAGUUCCUGUUGUAGUUUCCUGUUUGUGUCUGGUCGACGGCAGCUGACGACACAAGCAGCAGCUGUUCUUUUUGGUGCAAAAAAUAAAGCAAACCUUCUUUAUUCAAACAA